AUGGAAGCCGCAAUUGAAUCAAAGUUGCGUGAUGGGUUAUCGCUAAAGACUUGUAUUUUAUUAUGCCAAUCUAUCGUAUUCGCUGAAAAUGUAAUUUGGCCAAUGGACACCGUCGGCUGCGAUUGUGAAGGAAGUUGUUCUGAUCAUCCCAUGACUUGUCCUUGUGCACGGCUUAAUGUCACGCAUCCAUAUCUUUCUGUAGAGGAUGGCAGGAGGAGUUUUGCACAUUUCAAAACCUACCUGCAGAAAAUGGACAAAGUGCACAUGAGAUUGGAGCAUCGAUUUGACAUAAGACGGGUGUCCAUCAAACUGCAGGCGAUCGUGUUAUAUUAUGGCGUUCUUCAAUGCAUCUGCGCGUUCUUCUUUGGCGAUGCCGGUAAGAAUUUGAACCGGGAGAGAAAACCUGUUGCAAAGCGCCAACAGGUUAUUCGGGAUGAAAAUGGAAGUCAGCAACCUGAUGACAAUGGUAAUGUGGUAGAUUCAGCGGCUGCUUUUAAAGAUGCCACAAAUCUUGAGAGCUUCACAGAAGUAAAAGUCAAGGGUACCGAUGAACUUGCAGCACUUGGGACGUGGAACAGUGGAAAGCCCCAUGAACAAGCUGCUCAAAUUGAGUUGCCGAUGUUCUCACGUCUAUUCAGAUAUUAUGCCGGAUGGGAGGAUAAGAUUCAUGGUCUCACAGUUCAGGCUGAAGGUCCGUACAAUGUGCAAACCCUACAUGAGCUCAUUGGAGUUGCUGGACAAAUUAUUCCAUGGAAUUUUCCACUUCUCAUGUUUGUGUGGAAGGUCGGACCCGCUUUAGCCACUGGUAACUGUUGUGUCUUAAAGACAGCAGAACAAACACCGUUGUCUGCUCUCUAUGCGGGGAAGCUGCUCCAUGAAGCAGGCCUUCCUGAGGGUGUUUUGAAUGUGAUUUCUGGAUUUUGUCCUACCGCUGGUGCAGCACUUGCUAGUCAUAUGGAUGUCGACAAGCUUGCUUUCACAGGAUCAACUGUAACCGGCAAGACUGUUACUGAACUUGCUGGUAGAAGCAACCUUAAGCCAGUGACUCUAGAGCUUGGAGGGAAAUCUCCAUUCAUCGUAUGUGAAGAUGCCGACGACGUCGAUAAGGCUGUUGAAACUGCCCACUUCGCUCUGUUCUUUAACCAGGGACAAUGCUGCAAUGCUGGGUCUCGUACUUUUGUACAUGAAAAAGUGUAUGACGAGUUCAUGAACCAUAAAACAUCAUAUGCAACAGUCACAAAAGGUUUAAUCUGA